AUGCUGCAUAACUAUAAAGCGCCCGAAAUAGGAGAGUGUCUUGGUCAUUCUCGAGUUGUUUAUAUUGGUGAUUCUAUAGCCAGACAGCAAUUUUUUGCGGCGAUUCGUUUAGUUCAGCCUAGUGCAGAUUUAUCAGGGGAAGCACAUGUCAACCGCAAAUAUGUAUUUAAUGAUCAAAACUUGGUAAUGGAAUUUUGGUGGGACCCUUACCUGAACGAGACAAAGGAUAUAUUGCAAGGGCAAAUGCCUUCUGCUGAAAGGCCGAGUCUGUUGGUUGUUGGGACAGGUGCCUGGCAAAUGCACUAUUUAGGCACUGAAUAUUUUGAUGAAUGGAAAAAGGCUGUUGAUUUAGUCUUUGACUCGGUACAAUCAACAUCAGAAGUCGCAGAUAACGUCUUGCUUAGUCCGGUAGAAUGGCCCAAUUAUGAAAGAUUAGGAGUAAACCGCUCAGCCACUAUGACGAACGAAAAGAUUAGCAGAAUGAACAAUUACUUGAAAGAGAGGGAGAGUCAAUUGGUUCCAGCAACACCCUUUGCUGUUCCUUUUGUAUGGAAUCAAGUAAGUAUCCAGGCUGGUGCAAGUGGGACCGAAGAUGGUCUUCACUUUAAUUCGGAUGUUACAACAGCUCAAGCGCAAAUUGCUUUGAACUACAGAUGCAACAAUCAACUCGAUAAGAAAUUUCCCUUUAGUAACACUUGUUGUUUUGAAUAUCCCAAACCAAGAUGGUAUCAAGUUUUCUUUAUGAUUUUGUUUUUUGUUUGGGCUCCCAUUGGAUUCUUCAUCAAAAACUCUACAGCUGUUCUAUCCAACAAAUUAUUUCCAGCAAAAAAGACAUUGAAUGCGAUCUUUGUCUUUGGAUUAUGCGUUAUGUACAUGUAUUAUUGCGACAGAACUCAGUUGUUUGGCAAGAUACAAAAAAACUUUAAUUCUAAAAUAUUUACCGUAUUCGGUAUGGUCAAAUUACAGCACAAAAAAGAAGGUGAUCAAGGAUUUUUGAAUCGUCAUCAGACAGACGAGUGGAAAGGAUGGAUGCAAGUUAUUAUCCUAGUAUAUCAUUUUUGUGGUGCUUCAGGAACCUCCGGUAUUUACAAUGCAGUCCGUAUUUUAGUUGCGGCCUAUCUUUUCCAGACAGGUUAUGGCCACUUCUUCUUUUUUUACAAAAAAGCUGAUUUUGGCAUAUUUCGUAUCCUGAAUGUCAUGGUGCGACUCAACUUUUUGACGUUUGUACUACAAUAUUUAAUGGAUACAGAUUACCUUAGCUAUUACUUUACACCGCUAGUUUCCUUUUGGUUCUUGGCUAUUUGGCUUAUUAUGUAUACUGGAAACAGAUGGAACAAGGUACCAAUAUUUAUGCUUGCUAAACUUGUAGUUUCUUGUUGUGUUACUACAGCUUUUAUUCGUGUGCCUGGUAUUCUUGAAUUUGUUUUUUCUGUGUUGGAAACAUUAUUUAAUGUGCACUGGAAUGCAGCUGAAUGGCGAUUCCGUUUAGCCUUGGAUGCUUAUAUUGUCUAUGUGGGUAUGCUUUGUGCUUUUGCAUUCAUCAAGAUCACCGAGCAUAAAAUCACAGAUCAUCCUCGCUGGUCUUUGAUCAAACAAUCUGCCGCUACUUUGUCUAUGAUAGCCAUGGUCUGGUAUUUUUGGUUUGAAUUGACUCGCGAAAACAAGUUUGUGUACAAUACCGUACAUCCUUAUAUCUCUUGGAUUCCGAUCUUGGCGUUUGUCGUUUUACGCAAUAUGAAUGUCUACUUGAGAAAUACGCAUUCUGAAUUUUAUGCAUUCAUUGGCAAGAUCUCCUUGGAAACUUUUAUUGGCCAAUUCCAUAUGUGGCUGGCAGGCGAUACAAAGGGUUUAUUGGUCAUUUUAGCUUCACCUAAUUGGGUUGCUGGUUUGGGCUGGUGGAUUAACUUGGCUAUUUCUAGCUGUCUCUUUAUUUUUGUGAGUUAUUACAUGAGUCAAACAACGCAUGAGAUUUCGAGUUGGAUAUGUAAGCAUGCUCAGUCAUCAUCCAGCAAUACAACCAAUGGACAAGGAGAGUAUCAAGCUGUCCCUCUUUUACCUACAACAGCUAAUAGCACCAAGCCGUCAGAAGCAAUUCAUGCCGAGAACAAAACACAAGAAGCAGUAAAUCAAGAACAAGAUGAAGAAAUCUGGGAUUCAUCGUUUGUCAAUGAAAAGAAGCCAAGUUUGCUUAAACGACUUUUAGAUGAUACCCGAGUUAAAUCUCUUUUAUUUCUUUUUAUUGUUGGUCUAUUAAACAACCUUUGUUAG